AUGACUACCGCGCGCUGUGUGCUGCCGAGGAAUGUCCGACCGACGCACUACCACAUAGCCCUCUCUCCAGAUCUGGAGCAUGCCACCUUCUCGGCUGAAGUCACCAUCGACGUGCGCAUCGCGGAGCCCACCAACUCCUUCACGCUGAAUGCGGUGGGGCUGACGUUUUCGGACGUCUCGGUGCGCGCCACCGUCGGCGGUGGUGCUCCAGUGACUGUGCAGAGCAUCAUGGAGUCGACGGAGGACCAACGUAUAUCUGUGCAGGUCGAUUGUGCAGUCGCCGAUGCUGCCCAGCUGCGAUUCUGCUACACGGCGGCCAUCACUGACAACCUCUUCGCCUUCUACCGCAGCCACUACACGUACGAGGGCGUAACGUCAUACGUGGGGGCGACACAGAUGUGCCCCGCUGAAGCCCGCCGCGUCUUUCCGUGUUGGGACGAGCCUGCCAUUAAGGCAACGUUUGCCCUCGACAUUACCGUUCCUGCGAAGCUGCAGGUGUGGAGCAACGACGCGCCGCUCGAAGUAGUGCAGCUGCCAGACGGCUUGGCGCGCUGGGUUUUCUGUCCUGCCAUAGCGAUGUCCACCUACCUUGUUGCCUGGGUGAUUGGGGAGCUGGACACGGCGGAGGUGACGGCGCCGCGGAGCGCUGCCGCAGUGGCUGGGCAGGGCGGCGCACUGGCAUCGCCCUCCUCCAUUGUCAUCCGUGCCAUUACCCCGCGCGGGAAGAUCGAGCAGGCACAGUUCGCACUGACGGUGGCCGCGCAAGUGCUGCCGCUCUACGAGACCUACUUCCAGUCCCCGUACAUCUUUUCCAAGCUUGACCUCAUCGCGUUGCCCAACUUUGCCUUUGGGGCCAUGGAGAACUGGGGCUGCAUCACGUUUCGUGAGCAGACGCUGCUGGCCUCGGCGGAGGCGAGCGCCACGCAGAAGGAGCGGGUUGCGAUGGUGGUGGCGCAUGAGUUGGCCCAUCAGUGGUUUGGCAACUUGGUGACCAUGGCCUGGUGGUCGGACCUGUGGCUGAACGAGUCUUUUGCCACCUACAUGGCCAUGUGGGCGGUGAGCAAGAUCUUUCCCGAAUGGGGGAUGGACACGCAGUUUGUGUACAACGAGGGCAACGGGGCAUUCCAGCUGGACGCAAUGCGCUCCUCGCACCCGAUUGAACUGCCGGUGGUGGAUGUGCAAGAGGUGGACAGCAUCUUUGAUGCCAUCAGCUAUUCUAAGGGAGCCAUGGUGCUGCGCAUGGCGGCCAAGUUCGUCGGCGAGGCAGGAUUCCAGCGCGGGUUGGUCAACUAUCUCUCCCGCUACGCUUACGGGGCGGCUACGUCUGUGCAGCUAUGGGACUCCCUCUCUGGCCCAGCAGCACCGAAUUUGAAAGGGGUUCUCCACAACUGGACGAGGGAGCAGGGGUACCCGUAUGUGCAGGCCGUGCACGACACAGAAGCCAGUACACUGACGCUGACGCAGCGGCGUUUCCUCGUCCUGAACGACGCGACACCAGCCGAGGACGCGGCGCUGUGGAAGGUUCCCAUGUACUACACAUAUGGGACCAGAGAUGGUGAGGUCAAUACGGUACCCAUCGUACUCACCGAUCGUACCGUCACUGUCCCGAUCGACGGCGCAGUCUGGGUGAAGGUGAACAGCGACCAGAUCGCCUUCUGCCGUGUGCAGUACACGGAAGCGAUGCUGCGCGGACUCGUGGGCCCGCUCACCGCGAAGCUUAUCAAUGGCACGGACCGCUACUCCCUCCUCGCAGACUACGCGGCCUUCGCGCGCGGAGGCUACUGUGACACGGUGCAAGCCAUGGAGCUUCUCUCGCACUACCACAGCGAGGAGGACUACACAGUGUGGUGCGAGGUGGCCCACUUCGAGAAGAAUCUGCGUAGCAUUCUCGGUGGCUGUCUGCCGGAGGUGCGCGCCGCGUUCAACGACUUCUGCGAUCGUCUCUACGCUCCGGCGAUGCAGCGGCUUGGGUUGCAACCGCGCCAUGACGACGGUCACCGCACUCAGCAAUCGCGCCUGCUGAUCUUCUCUCGGCUCCUCGCGUGCAGCAACGCCGAGACAGUUGCGGUGGCGCAGGAGCUCUACGACAAUCGCGCCACAUCCUCGAUUUCGCUCGAUAUGCUCGGCUGCGUGUACGCUGUGCACAUCCACACCCAUGGUGCAGCGGCGAUGGCCGAGGUGCAGGAGCUCAUCGCCAAAGCUACCUACGCGGAGGAACGGGCGCAGUACCUUGGCGCACUCGCAGCGGUGGCGGAGCCGUCCACUGAUGUGCCAAAGCUGAUGGACUAUCUUUUGUCGGACGCGGUGAACAGUCAGGACAUGCUGACGGUGCUGCUAGGCUUGGCGGAGGGCGCACAGACGCAGCGCGUCUUUGUUGAGCAACUCAUCCACAAGUGGCCGCUUCUGGCGCAGAAGGCGCCAUCCGUGCUGCUGGCGAGGAUGCUGAAGCUGCUUGAGCAUUGUAGUGACGAGGCAAUGGUGACUCCGCUGCGUCGCUUCUUUGACUGCAUGCCUGGUGAAAUGCAGUCUCGUACUCGUAUGGCCUUCGAACAGGGCGUGGAGGGCUUGCGGUGCAAUGCGGCGUGGGUCGCUCGUGAUGGCGCCAAGAUUGCCCGCUAUUUACUGCGCAAGUGA